GCGCCGAGAAGCGGCCCGCCGGCCGGCCCAGGAUCAACGGGGAGAACAUAUUUUCUUGCCAAUCCAAAAUCUAUGCCUACAUGAGUCCGAACAAGUCUCCCGCUAUUCGACCACCGCUCCAAGAAGAAAACUCCGCCGCGCAUCAUGAGGCAAAAUGCCCUGGCAAAACUGUGAACGAGAGCUGCAGAAAAGGAGAGGACAGGAUCAAUAUUGGCAACUCGAUAGAAGAUGCCGUGAAAUCCAAAGGCCAGAAUGACAAAGAAAGUGGGGGCGAAUCUCCAGGGUCCUUCUCGAGUCAAAAACAAGAAGCUGCAGAAACUCUAAAGCCCCCACCCGCUGAGUCUGCUGUUGCAGUGAAUGCAAAACCGAUGCUGAAGAAGGGAACAAAAUCAAAACCCGGUCCUAAGAGAAAAGGUCAAGGGAAAACUCAACCGAACCGGAAGGUGACAGAUUAUUACCCCAUUAGAAGAAGUUCUCGGAAGAGCAAAAAAGAAUUGCAGUUAGAGGAGAAGAAGCAAAUAGAUGAGCUAAUAGAAAGCGGGAAAGAAGAAGGCAUGAAGAUUGACUUCAUUGAUGGCAAAGGGCGAGGGGUCAUUGCGACCAGACAUUUUAACCGGGGGGAGUUUGUGGUCGAGUAUCAUGGGGAUCUCAUAGAGAUCACGGAUGCCAAGAAACGAGAAGCAAUGUACGCCCAAGACCCGUCCACUGGCUGCUAUAUGUACUACUUUCAAUACCUAAGCAAAACGUACUGUGUCGAUGCGACGAAAGAGACCAACCGCCUGGGAAGGCUGAUCAAUCACAGCAAAUGCGGGAACUGUCAAACGAAGCUCCACAGCAUCGACGGCGUCCCGCACCUCAUCCUGGUCGCUUUGCGUGACAUCAAGGCCGGCGAAGAACUCUUGUAUGACUACGGAGACCGGAGCAGAGCCUCUAUUGAGGCCCACCCGUGGCUAAAACACUAGCUCCUCUUGUUCUCGAAAGAGCCAUUUUUUCCCCCAAGGGGAUUCGAUUGGCUUUGUUUACAGCGCUCUUUGCGGAGAUGCUUCCGGGGUCUACUCAGUAAUUAUUUAAAAAUGUCUGUUGCGAGGUUUCUUCACCCACCGUUCCACUCCAGGGCAGGC